AGGCAGCAUUUACAGUCUCAAGUCUCCACGACCUAUGGCUGGUUUUGGGAUACGUGUGACCCUUCUCAAAUCCUCUCAUCGAUUCCUCUGUCCCUUCCUAACUUGUAUGUAGCUUCCCCUAUUCCACAGCAUUAGCCCUAGUACUAGAGAGACUGAGAAAUUUAAGAGAAGAAAAUAUCUCCCAAGAAACAAAUACAACAACAAUCUCUCUCUCUCCUCUUCUUCUUCCUCGUACUCCCCAACAGAAUGAAGAACAACAACAACAACACCAAGCUCAUCCUCCUUCACCCUUCCCUCCACAAACAAACCCUGACACCCACCACCGCCGCCGCCGCCUCCACACUAUUCUCUUCCCACCGUAACCUCUGGCUCUUUUUCUUCUUCCUCCUCUUCUCCACCCUCCUCUUCACCUGGACCAUCAUCUCAACCACAAUCUCCUCCGCCACUUCAACCACUUCCUCCACCGUUACCUCCCCUCUCUCACCCUCCGUCACAAAGGCCCUCCUCCACUACGCCGCCGCCGCUAACUCCUCCGCCAAACCCAUGUCCCCCGCCGAAAUCUCCGCCGUCUCCUCCACCCUCCUCCGCCUCCCCCCGCGCCCCAACCUCUUAAUCUUAGGCCUCACCCACGAGUCCCUCCUCUGGGCCGCCCUCAACCACCGCGGCGGCCGCACCGUCUUCCUCGACGAGAACGAAUACGCCAUCUCGAAAUUCGAGUCUUCCAACCCCGGCGUCGAAGCUUACGAUAUUCAAUUCACAACAAAAGUCAGCGAAUACCCAAAACUCCUCUCCCAAGCCCAAUCUCAGGCCCACGGCGAGUGUAGGCCCGUCCAGAACCUCUUGUUCUCUGAAUGCAAGCUUGCAAUCAACGACUUACCUAACCACAUUUACACUGUCGCGUGGGACGUUAUUCUUGUUGACGGGCCCAAAGGGUAUUUUCAGGCGGCGCCAGGGCGGAUGGCGCCAAUCUUCACGGCGGCGGUACUUGCCCGGAGUAAAAAAUUCGGCCAGACUCACGUGUUCGUGCAUGACUACGGGAGAGAGGUGGAGAGGGUUUUCAGCGAGGAGUUUCUGUGUAAGGAGAAUUUGGUUGAGUUGGUGGAUUCGUUGGGGCACUUCGUUGUUAAGAGCGAGGCUCACGACGGAGAAAGCGCGGUUUUUUGUAAGAACUUGUCGGCGUUGCGGUCGUCGAAGGUUGUCGGCGACGAAGAGGAGUAGGAUUAUGCUGGGAUUCUAGAGAAUCUGUAAAAUUAUAUUUUUAUUUUCUUUUUUAUAUAUUUUAAUAGAAAGGAAGUAAGGAAGUGUAAUUUAAUUUGGCGUCAUAGUAACUGGCCCGCUUUUCUCCCCAAAAAAGGGGGUGAGGAAUGUGAAACUGUGAAUGGCUUUUUUGAAUUUAUUUUAAAAUUUAGUGCCCA